AUGUUCCACUCGGGAGAAGCUGCUGACUCGGGUGUUCCCCCUGGUGGUCGGAUCCGCCAUGGGAGGUUUUUUCAGUUAUGCGCCCCCUCCAUCCUCUCCACCCUCUCCACUCACUCCAACCCCUCCACCCACUCCAACCCCUCCACCUUCUCCACAGACAAACAGAAUGAUCUGCAGUAUGUGCAGGACUAUAAACCUCAGGGUGAGGGCCUGCAGCUCAGGAUUCUCCUGUAUGGAACGGAGGCAGCUGGAAAGUCCAGUUUCAUCAACUCUGUGGACAGUGUCUUACAAGGCAGAAUCUGCACCCAGGCCGGGGUGGAGAACGUUGGUCGUUACGGCUUCACCAAACGGUACAAAACCUACAAUUUCGAAAAAGGAAACCCAGACACCUUUUGUUCUUUUGUCAUCAAUGACAUCAUGGGCCUGAAAAGUGGCAGCAGCAGAAGCAGAAGAGUCCAUGUGAAAGAUGUCAAACGGGCGAUGAAGGGAAAUAUGAGAGACAGUUACACGUUCAAUCCUGAAGAUAAGUUAUCCAAGGAGGAUCGAUACUACAACGCAAAUCCGACUACAAACGACAAGGUGCACAUUCUGGUUUAUGUCGCUGAUGCCAACAAAGUCUCUCUGAUUGAUGAAAAAGUUGUGGAGACAAUAUUGGAUAUCAGAGAUGAGGCCGCUGAUCUGGGAAUUCCUCAAGUGGCCAUUCUCACCAAAAUUGAUGAGGCCUGUCCUAACAUUAAAGGAGACAUAAAGAAUGUGUACAUGAGCUACGAUCUGAAGAAGAAGAUGGAGACGUUCAGUGCAAAAGUGGGUUAUCCAAUGAACUGCAUCUUCCCUGUGAAGAACUACAGUUCAGAACUCAAUGUUGAUGAUGAAACUGACGCUCUGAUCCUGAACGCGCUGAGACGCAUGAUUGACUCCGGAAAUGACUUCCUCAAAACACUUCCUCGCCAACGUAACUAA